UGCGAGAUGCUUGUGCAGACCACAGGUGGCACGCGCAGGCUCCGAAGCAGCAGAGAGCAGAUGGUUUUAGAUUAAUCUUUCUGGGUGGUGGAGAGAGAAGCUUCCCGCUACCUGCCUUUAGUGCAUGUCAUUGUUUGUCUAUGAUAAAGGAUGCAUGGAAACUUCUUUAAAUAGACAGCAGUUCAGUAAGAGCGGACUGUGAGCUGAGUUGUACUGGCGCAUUCAUACAGCUUUGAACACUCAAGAUGUGCGUCCCUGUCUAUUGGAUUCUUUUCGCGACAUCUUUGGCUCCAUCUGUUCUGUCGAGUCUGCACCCAGACUGCGAGUACAUCUUUCAGCUGGAGAGGGAGGAGCGGCGUUGUCUUCGAUACAUUGCAGAGCAGAACCACAGUACAGUUGAAAACAGUACAGUACUUUUCAACUUCGAUGCAUUGCAGAACCACAGUAUGCUAGGUUGUCUAGCGUUCUGGGACUCUGUGGUGUGUUGGCCAUAUGCUGCGGUUGGGGAGACAUUCCACAUGGCCUGCCCUGCUGUCUUCUCUCUUUUUGGGAAUAACACAGCAGGGUUAGUCAGCCGAAACUGCACUAGCAACGGAUGGUCUCAACCCUUCCCCCCGUACCACAUAGCCUGUAGUGUGGAUGACAACAUUCACAUUCCAGAGGAGACAUACUUUGCCACGGUGAAGCUGAUCUACUCCAUUGGCUACGGCACCUCCCUGUUCUUCCUGUCCAUCGCCGUGGUGAUUCUGCUGCUCUUCAGGAGGCUUCGCUGUGCCAGGAACUAUAUUCACAUCCAGCUGUUUGUCACCUUCAUGCUGAAGGCGAUGGCUGUGUUCAACAAGGACGCCAAGCUGUUCGCCAGCGAGGACACGGACCACUGCACCCUCUCCACCGCAGCUUGUAAAGCCUCAGUGGUGUUCUGUCACUACUGUGUCAUGGCUAACUUCUUCUGGCUCCUGGUGGAGGCCCUCUACCUUAACACCCUGCUCCUCUCCUCCUUCCACCACAGCCGCCGCUGCCUCUGGGGCUUUGGCCUGUUGGGCUGGGGUGUACCCAUCGUCUUCAUCGUCAUAUGGAUUGGGUCCAGGGUGUAUUUUGAGGAUACUGAAUGCUGGGACAUCAAUGAGGACUCUCCCUAUUGGUGGAUCAUCAAAGGGCCAAUCGUGUUUUCUAUUGGGGUCAAUUUCAUCCUCUUCAUGAACAUCAUCAGAAUCCUGAUACAGAAACUGAACCCUCGCCUGAUCCAGUUCAACAACUCAGAUCAGUACAGACGGCUGACUAAGUCCACUCUCCUCCUCAUCCCUCUCUUUGGGAGCCACUACAUGGUGUUUAACUUCCUGCCUGACUACUUCCAUGUUAGCGUGCGCCUCUGCAUCGAGCUCUGCAUGGGGUCCUUUCAGGGGUUGAUUGUCGCAAUUCUCUACUGCUUCCUCAACCAAGAGGUCCAGAAGGAGAUCCAUAUGAGGUGGCUGAGGUGGCAGGAUAACAGCUACGGUGUGGUACUGCCCGGUGCCAAGGGUAGUCAGAUGGACACACCGUUCUAGUGCUCUUCAUCCACCUCUCCUCUUCCUCUCCAACCUCUGUGUUUUUAAUGAGUGUCUUUCGUCGAGGGGUUGGAAUAAAGCGGAAGACAAGAUUCCAUUGGAUAUCUGUUUACAUUGGACAAUAAAGUAAUGUUCUUCUUCUCCUUCCUGUGACCUCCACACAUUGAUAAUGUACUUUUAGGAGCGACUGCUGUACAUUGUGUCCUUGAAACCUACGAUGUCCUCUCCUCUCUCAUCACAAUCUCAUUUCUAAAGGGACCACCAUUGAGCUCAUCCAUUGUGUCCAGCUCGAGUUGAACUGUUUGGCGCAUUGUGAAAUUCUCCUCCUCCUCCUCCUCCUCCUCUUCCUCUUCCACUCAGCAUCAUCUAUGGUUUUGUUACAUUGAAGGACAAUGGAAGUCUAUCUCUCUGUAGCUCUGGUCCAGGGCCUUACCUUACGUUCUCUGUGGUACUACACCACGUUUUGAUGUGUUUUUAGCAAGUCAAUAUGAUUGACCUUCUACUGGAAAAUAGAUGGUUUUAUGUAUUAGACGUGCCCCCUGUUUUUCAGGUUUUAUUAGAAUAUUAUCUUAUGAUGUGUGUGUUGCAUUCUGUGUUUUAGUGCCUUUUUGUUUGUGUGUUUCUCUCUUUUUGUGUGUGUGUGUGUGUGUGUGUGUGUGUGUGUGUGUGUGUGUGUGUGUGUACGCGCAUGGCCAUUGCUCCAAUGCCAUAGAUUCUGUAUGUAGUAUUAGGUCCCCUUGAGGUCCUUUGAUAUGGCUUUUUAUGGCUAUUGACCAUAAGCAGGAGAAACACACUGCAGGAUAGAAAUUCAUUAGCUUCUAGCUGUGAAAUGGGGCCAUUUCUACUAUGAAAAUAAAUAUGGCUACACGUGCAAUGCAGAUACCAUGCCAACUGCAUUGUCUGCUGAUGUUUAAUUUUUUUUCUACUUAGGGUCAAAUUAUGUUUGAAUAAAGCUGUGUGCUUUAACGUAGGCUGAAUGUGAUGCAUAACGAAACAGAAUUCUAAACAGAAGAAUGUGGUGUCUCUUGAAAUAAAGCUACAUUUAUACUUGAA